AUGUCCGCCAAGUCCAUCCUCGAGGCCGACGGCAAGGCCAUCCUCAACUACCACCUCACCCGGGCUCCCGUCAUCAAGCCCACGCCGCUGCCUGCCUCUGCCACCCACAACCCGCCGCCCAGGCUUGCGUCGCUGCACUUCCCCGAGGACAAGGCGGUCAAGGACGUUUUGGACCAGGCCGAGGUCACGUACCCGUGGCUGCUGCAGGAGGGCGCCAAGUUCGUCGCGAAGCCCGACCAGCUGAUCAAGAGGCGAGGCAAGAGCGGCCUGCUGGCCCUGAACAAGUCCUGGUCCGAGGCCCGCCAGUGGGUUGAGGAGCGCGCCGGCAAGCCCCAGAAGGUCGAGCACGUCGAGGGCAUCCUAAGGCAGUUCCUGGUCGAGCCCUUCGUUCCUCACCCCCAGGACACCGAGUACUACAUCAACAUCAACUCGGCUCGUGAGGGCGACUGGAUCCUCUUCACCCACGAGGGUGGUGUCGAUGUCGGUGAUGUCGACGCGAAGGCCGAGAAGCUGCUCAUCCCCGUGGACCUCAGCGAGUACCCCUCCAACGAGGAGAUUGCUGCCACUCUCCUGAAGAAGGUCCCCCAGGGUGUCCACAACGUCCUUGUUGACUUCAUCUCCCGCCUCUACGCCGUCUACGUCGACUGCCAGUUCACCUACCUCGAGAUCAACCCUCUCGUCGUCAUCCCCAACGCUGAUGCAACUUCGGCUGAGGUCCACUUCCUCGACCUGGCUGCCAAGCUCGACCAGACUGCUGAGUUCGAGUGCGGUGUCAAGUGGGCCAUUGCCCGCAGCGCCACGGCCCUUGGCCUGCCUACCCUCACCACCAAGGACAACAAGGUCACCAUCGAUGCUGGCCCGCCAAUGGAGUUCCCCGCUCCUUUCGGCCGCGAGAUGAGCAAGGAGGAGGCUUUCAUCUCUGAGAUGGAUGCCAAGACUGGUGCUUCCCUCAAGCUCACCAUCCUCAACUCCUCUGGCCGCGUCUGGACCCUUGUUGCCGGUGGUGGUGCUUCGGUCGUCUACGCUGAUGCCAUUGCGUCGGCCGGCUUCGCCAGCGAGCUUGCCAACUACGGCGAGUACUCUGGUGCCCCCACCGAGACCCAGACCUUCCAGUACGCUCGCACUGUUCUCGACCUCAUGCUCCGUGCGCCUACGCACCCUGAGGGCAAGGUCCUCUUCAUUGGCGGUGGUAUUGCCAACUUCACCAACGUCGCUUCUACCUUCAAGGGUGUUAUCCGCGCUCUGCGCGAGGUCGCUCCCGUGCUCAACGAGCACAAGGUCCAGAUCUGGGUCCGCCGCGCCGGCCCCAACUACCAGGAGGGUCUCAAGAACAUCAAGGCUGUCGGCACCGAGCUUGGUCUCGACAUGCACGUCUAUGGCCCUGAGAUGCACGUCUCCGGUAUCGUGCCUCUUGCCCUCAAUGGCAAGAAGAGCGACGUUCCCGAGUUCAGCGGUUAA